AUGGAGACUCUCAGCAGCUGUCGGACUACCUUCCUCUCUGAUCUGGUGCCCAAUGGUUACCUGGUUCAGGUCUUCCCAGGCCAUCCUGAGGUAGAAAGCCUGGCCAGGGAGGUAGGGGUGGAGAAGUCUGAGCAGUGUGACCACGGUGAUUUGAGCUCCAGGGAAGAGAAUGGUCAGAACAAGAAGAAAAUCAAAGUCAACAAGAUAUGGAAUUUUAUGAGUCGUAGAAAAGGGGCCUCCAGUCAGGGGAAGAGACCCCAGUCCAUGAUUUUACUGGGAGACAGUUCCAGACCAUCAGAGUUGAAGCCCAAAGUCACAUUAAAGGAUCGAAUGAAGUCAUUCAAGAGGUUGAAGCCUUCGGCUGGGGCCUCCAAGAAUACUACUCCUAGGAGCAGCAAGGUCCAGGAACCCCAGGAGGUGUCACAUAUUUACCAGAUGAGGAAGACCCAGGAGGCCUCAAAGCCUUUUCGUUAUUCCUACUCAGGACACACUGAGGGCCUGGAGCCCUUCCUUGCAGAUGUGCAAAGACUGAUGCCCAAGAACCAGAAAGUGUUGGCCUUUGAUGAUUUUGGCAUCCAUGUGGAGGAGGAUCACUGCGAAAAAGAGUCCUCUGAGCAGCCUGGUAGGGGCAGGUGGACCAGGAGCUACAUGAAACACACAUUCUCUGGAGACUGUGAGGCCCCAUAUAGAUCAGCUGGAGACUCCAGAAUCCAGCAUCCUGAGUCUGCCAUUAAGGCCUCCACCUUAGAAGGGGAUGUGGAAAGGGGCUACGAGGAGAGCCUUAGGCACCUGCGUCGAGACAAGGCUCUGCCUUUUGGUAGUGUUAUCAAGUUCUUCAGCAACGUGGCCGAGGUGGCCCGCAAGUGGCGUGCAUUAUCCCGGGAAGAGCUGCAGAUGAGCCAUCAGCGUGACAAGACCUACUUCAUCAGUGGUGGCAGUGAAGCCCUCAUCAUAGAGGGUGCUGCCUCCCAGGCCUCCUUCCCACUCAACCUGCCCUGCCAGCCCCCUGAGGUUAUGGUGUGGGGCAGUGUCAUUGAGAGGUGCCAGCACUGUCAUCAAAAGGCCUCACAAGCCUCAUGCACAUUUGAAAUGAGCAUUGAGGGCAAGAAGAAUUUGGGCCAGGCAGUUGAAGAGCCCUGGCCUGCUGCUGCCUUAGUCUCAACCUCCACCUCACCUGUCUUUGAGCUCCAGAAUGACCCAACUCCACAGACUAGGUGCAGUUGCCAUUAUGGCCAUGUCUUCUCCAGGGAGAACUCCUCAGAGGAACUUGAUGAAGACAUUGAGACUGUGGUCAGCGUCCUUAAAGAAGAUGACAGUGCUGGACAUUCCCCUGAGCUGGGCACCUGUGCCAAGUUAACCACCAAGGCUGUCAUGGAGAAGCUAGAAGAGAAGCCUGAUGAGAUGGAGAAACCAGAGGACUGCAAGGGGCCCGAGACAUCCAUCCAGGCAGGACAGCCUGACUUGGAUAUGAGAACAGCAGGUCCAGAGAGGAAAGCCAGCAAGUCCAGUACUGGAGUCCUGGGUACUCAGACUUUCUUUCCCCCAGCUGAACCAUCACCAAGGACUGUACCACUCAAAAUCCUUCUGGAAAAAUGCCAUUCUCUGUCCGUCUCACAGAGCAUCCCCAUGGAGCUGGAUCAAGUGGGUUGGAGGAGAUCCAGGAAGCUUUACACAGAUAACUUGGACCAGGGCUCCAAGACACUAGAAACCUGCAAGAACAUCAGUGGAUACUUGAAACCUCAGGGAACAGGAACUGAGCAUAUUAAUGAGCUGAUCACUGGAGAUUCCAUCGUUAGUGCUGAGGCAGUAUGGGAUCACGUCACCAUGGCCAACCGGGAGUUGGCAUUUAAGGCUGGCGACGUCAUCAAAGUCUUGGAUGCUUCCAACAAGGAUUGGUGGUGGGGCCAGAUCGACGAUGAGGAGGGAUGGUUUCCUGCCAGCUUUGUGAGGCUAUGGGUGAACCAGGAGGAUGGGGUAGAGGAAGGGCCCAGUGACGUUCAGAAUGGGCACCUGGACCCCAACUCAGACUGCCUCUGUCUGGGCCGGCCACUCCAAAACCGGGACCAGAUGCGGGCCAACGUCAUCAAUGAGAUCAUGAGCACCGAGCGUCAUUACAUCAAGCACCUAAAGGACAUUUGUGAGGGCUACCUGAAGCAAUGCCGGAAGAGAAGAGACAUGUUCAGUGAUGAGCAACUGAAGGUGAUCUUUGGGAACAUUGAAGACAUCUACAGGUUUCAGAUGGGCUUUGUAAGAGACCUGGAAAAACAGUACAACAAUGAUGACCCCCAUCUCAGCGAGAUAGGACCCUGCUUCCUGGAGCAC